AUGGACGACAUCAUUCCGGGUUUCAAGAGUGAUAGCAUGGAUCCCGCCACCUUUUUUUGCGAGAGUUUCAUGUACCAAAACGGCUUCCGAGACGUGUCAGACCGUGACGAAGCUGGAUGGACACCCAUCUGCUACGCAGCGCUUGGGGGAAAUGCGAUGCUCCUUUCAUCGCUUGUGGAGAAGAAGGCAGACCCCAGAGAUUCAAUCACCAAGAGUGACCCGAAGCUGUUCAUGACAUCAGGGGCCACUCUGCUGACCAUGUGCGUGUUCUUGCGGCAUCAUGGAGCCUUGAGGCUACUACUGGAACGCAAGGCAGAUGCUAACGCCACAGAUGGCUUCACGUCCACACCGAUGCACUACGCUUGCGUCAACCACAACGUUGAAGCUAUUCAGAUUUUGCGUGAUGCAGGUGCUAACGUGGACGUAGUCAACAAGCUGCAGCACUCUCCUCGCAUGCUUGCCGGAGGUGCAGGUACUGGCAGCGGUUCUGAAGAUGUCAUUGAGUAUCUUCUCUCCGAUGCACCUCAAUCGGAGAUCAACUUUGCGCUGCACUACUGCAUCCUGUUUGCGGGUGUCUCCGUGGAUGUGGUCAGUGCGCUUAUCCGCAAGGGAGCCGACAUCAACCAACAGCUGGUCCUACCGCGUUUUAGUCCGCUCGGCAUGGCCUUCACUUAUUUCAGCUGGCGACAUCGCUGGAGCCCUACAGCUGCAGCUCGGCUCACACGUGUGAGCUUCUACGCGAUGCAUCAUUCCAGAGCCAGCCCCUUGAUGUGUUGCAUCAUAUGUGGCUGCUUUGAUGCAGCAGCAGCCCUCAUCGCUGCUGGUGCUCGCCUUGACUUGAAAAACAUCCGUGGCAAGACGGCUGCAGAUUUGGCCCACGAGAACGGUGCUCCGGACUUCCUCCUUGAAGCUUUGCAAGCAGGCCCAGCAGGCCCAGCAGGGCCAGGCGGCCCCGGGGCCCGACAGCGCCUGGACCUGGAAGGGCGCCCCGAGCCCGAAUGUUGUCCUCUUCGCACUUACAGGAACUUUCCGAAGGGGGACCUAGCAGCUGCCGACGCCUUGUCGGUUCUGGCAUCCUACGAGGUCCCGGCAAAUCAACUGCCUCUUCGUAGUCUGCGGAGAGUGCUGCAAUGGCUUGGAGUCGACGCCCGGAGCCUCGAGGAAGUGCUGCCGGCAGUGCAGCUCCCGAACCCUGGGGAUGCCCAGGAGCCAGAGUUCCGUCUCCGCCUGCAGAAACUUCGCAUCGUUUACCAGGAUUUUGCGCAGCGGCUGGAGAAAGGACUCGGCCGAGCACAGCUGCAACUGCGGCCUCCCGAGGCCCUGGUGGUGCCCGCACCGCCCUCCCCACCGGCAGAUCUGGAGGCCCGCUGCCAUGCGGCGCAGGCGCGAGAGUCGGCCGCAAACAGGCGGUGUGUGGUGCUGGAGCAGGAGGUUCGCACAAAGGAUCGCAUUGCGAAGGAGUUGCAGCGUCAGGUGGGGGAGCUGGAUCACUUGGUGGAGCGCCUGGAGUCCGAGCUCUAUGAGGAGCGUGGAAGCAAGGUGAAUCUGAUGGCACAGCUCAAUGCCUCGCUGCCCAAGGCGGAGGUGGAGCCCAAGCUGCGACAGCUCGAGGAGCUGAAGUUUCAGGUGGACCAGUCCAGCUUAGCGUUGAAGCAGUCCAAGGAUCUGGCCCGGGUCUGCGCUGCCCAGGCAGAGAGCUACGAGCAGCUGGUGAAGCGUCGACAGCAGGAGGUGAGGAACCUGCAGGAGUCGGUGAAGAUGCUACAAGCGGGCGAUGAGGUCGCCAACACUGUUGGCAAGCUGCAGUACAGGCUGUUGCUUUGUCAGUGGGAGAAGGGCAAUGUGCAGCGACAGCUGCAAACAGCCACACAGGACUUGCGACAAGCACGGCGUGAGCUGCUGGAGAAUGAGGAGCAGGUUGAACAGGAGCGGCAGGAGCACGACCAGACUGAGGAGCUCCUGAGGCAUCGCCUGACCGAGGCAUCCACGCAGGCUGCGCAGCUCGCGGAGCAGAGCGCAGCUGCGAUGCCCGUGGACAAGGCAAGGCAGCUGACCUCGCGGCUUGAGGAGAUCUCCAGCCGCAAGAUGGAGCUGGAGGAGAUUGAGCGCCUGUCGAAAGUCCGCUUGGAGCUGCUCCGAAAUCAGGCCGAGACGGACUCCUGCCGACUUCGAGCACAACAAGCUCAGGAGCUGCUGAUGGAGCUGAAGGCUCUGGACCCAGACUCCGAGGCGCCGAGGCAGCGUCUCCUGGAGAUGGCCAAGAAGCUGGCAGAUUCCAAGUUGCAGGAGUUGCAGCACAAGCGGAGCCUGGAAAUCGUGAAGGAACAGCACCAGCAGCUGGAGAAAGCACGACAGGCGGACGAGAAGGAGAUCCAAAAUCUGCAGCGUGAGGUUGCCAACGCAGAGUCCAAGCUUGCUGACCAGGAGCAGCAAUGGCGUGCAAAGGUUCUCGAGGCGCAGGGUGCCGCCCCGGCGACUGCUGUCCGCCGGGCAGGGCAGAUCAGCAUCGAAGCUCUGGAGGAGAUUCAAGGCAAAGUUUCCGAAAGGGACGCCAGGAUCGCAGUCCUGGAGUCCGACCUCCAGAAGUCCAAGGCGGACCGCGAGAGCGCCCUGGCCGAGGAGCGUGCCAAGGUUCGGAAGCUCGAGCUGGAGCUGGGCUUAGUGGCUGAGGGCGACAUGGCGAAACUGCGCCAGGCCUUGCGUGCGGAGCACGAUGCAGAGGUUGCCCAGAUCUCACAGGCGGCACAGGAGCUCACACAACCCGAGUCCGUGCAAACACUUCAGCAGCUCCUGGACCAGACAGAGGAACACCUGCAGAGGCAGCAGCAAGACACAGCGCGCUUGCAUCAGAAUCUUUCUGAGCAGCGAGCGAAACAUGCAGAGGAGACUAUGCAGUUGCAGCAAGAGAUCGCCGGACUGCGACAAGAGCUUUUCCAGAUCCGGCAUCAGCAGCAAUCCGAUGUGGGGGCAUCGGCCCGGCUUUCACCUUUGCCGCCGCCCCCGCCGGACGAGAGUGCCCGGCUGGGGGAUUCCAUCGGCUCUGAAGCCUUCGGUGGAAUGGAAGGUCUGGGCAAUCGGCUGGAUGAGCAGAGGGAGCAAGUCGUUUCGCUGCACCACCGGCUUGAGCAACAGCACGAAGAAUUCCAAAGCCUCCUUGAUCAGCAGCAUCAAGAAGCUCGGCGGCGAGAAGAGCAGCUGCGAGGCCGCGAGGAGCGCCUCCACCAGGAGUACCAAGCGCGAGAGCAGCGACUUCUGGACCUCCAGGAGGGACAGCGUCAACAGCGGGACCAGGAGCUGCUGCGCAUCAAGGAGGAGCUGGCCUCGCUGCAUUCGGCCAACGGUGCAAACGCCGAGGCUCAGCAACAGCGGGAGGAGCAGGUGGCCGAGGCGCAGAGGCACGCAGACCUGGCGCUGCAGCACAACGCCCUUGCGGAGCAGAACCGACUUUCAGCUGAAAGCUGGCAGCGCAAAGCAACGGAGCUCGAGGCAGAGCUCCAGAAAGAGCGCCAGAAGCACCAGGAGUCCACUAUGAGGAAGCAGCAGGCAUCUCUCCGAAGGCAGCUGGCCAACAAGGAGGAGCAGCUUGGCAGCUUGCGAAAGGCUGUGGAGGAGCUCAAGGACCGUGUGGUGCAGCUGACGGUCCGGAACGAGCGCGAAGAAAUGACGAUUGAGCCACGUCGUUUUGCCUUGGAAGGGCUAAGUGCGACAGAAUUGAUUUGCCAGCUGCCGCAGGUGCGGAAGCGCAUCACCGGCCAAGAGGAGAAGAUGCAGAACCUCAAAGAUCAGGUGAGACUGCCGGGUGCAGUGAUCGCCGCUGGUCAUUGUAGACGGAAGGGCCUUAGCCUUUAG